ACGGAAUUUCCUACAGCUAGCGAAUGUCGAGGAACGCGGCCUAGUGCAGGAAGGAAGGAGGCCGUCAUCUUCUGUGUCUAUUUACAUAUCUAUCUGCCAACACUGAGGGAGCAUGAAGGCAGGUGCAUGUGAGUAUGAGGAGGAUGGGGAGAAGGGGGCUGCUGGGAAUAAGAAGCCCAACGGGUUGCCAAUAUGGGGCAAUGAAAAGACCAUGAACCUGAACCCUCUCAUCCUCACCAACAUACAGUCAUCACAGUACUUCAAGGUAAACCUGUACCAGCUGAAGACCUACCAUGAAGUCAUUGAUGAAAUCUACUACAAUGUGACCCACCUGGAGCCGUGGGAGAAGGGCAGCCGCAAAACCUCGGGUCAGACCGGCAUGUGUGGCGGGGUGCGAGGUGUGGGGGCGGGCGGCAUUGUGUCCACCGCUUUCUGCAUACUGUACAAGCUGUACACGCUGCGCCUCACCAGGAAGCAGGUGGUGGGCCUCCUCAACCAUGCCGACUCACCCUACAUCCGGGGCCUCGGCUUCAUGUACGUCAGGUUUACUCAGCCGCCAGCAGACCUGUGGGACUGGUUGGAGCCAUACCUGGAUGAUGAGGAGGAAAUAGAUGUGCGUGCAGGUGGCGGCCAGACCACCACCAUUGGCCACACGGUGCGCCACAUGCUGUCUAAGCUAGAGUGGUACUCAACUCUCUUCCCUCGUAUCCCCGUCCCCAUUCAGAAGGAACUAGAGAAGAAGUUGGCGGAGCAUGCUGCUGCCAAGGCUGCUGCUAAUCCCACUGUUGCCCCACCAGCUAAGAAGGAUUGGUAUGGUGGUCGACCUGAAGCAGAAGCUGUCCCACAAAAAGAACAUGGGAGGUCGAGAGGGUCCAGUCAAGAGUACAACUGUCGGGAUGAAAGAGUUCGAGACACAGACCGAGAGAGGGAACGGGGAAGGGACAGGGAUGGUACACGUUCACAGGACCGGGAGAGGGACUGGCAGGGUGACCGCACAAGAGAGAGGAAUGGAGACCAUGACCGCAGCCGAAAUAGACAUCGGGACAGAGAACGCGACCGAGGACAGACCGACCGUGAACGUGACAGAGAGCGUGACAGAGAAAGAGACAGAGACAGAGAGAGAGACAGAGACAGAGAGAGGGAGCGGGAUAGAGGGGACAGAGAGAGGGAGAGAGACCGUGACCGUCACAGACAUCGAGAGAGAGACCACAGCCAUGACAGGAAGCAUCGGCGACGAGACCGCUACAGCUACCCAGAUGACAGAGGAGACUUUGCUGAACUGCUGGAGAGGGAAAAACAUCGUAUCAAGAAAGAACGCAAAAGAGAUGGCAGUCGAGAGCGAUCAAGAAGAAGCCGAUCGCCAGACAAGGAUCGCCGUCGCCACCACUGAGGCUGGCCAGGCACACCUCUUAAUGUAGUUGAUCCUUAACUUACAAGGGGAUGCUCAUAUGGAUCCCAGACUCAGGCAACAAGGAAGUGUGUAUAAUGGGAGUGGAGUUGAAUCCCAAGACAAGUAACUGAGUGGUGUGUGAGUUGUGGAUCAGACCACGAAAGGCACAACCAGUGUGCCACUGUGCAAAAUAGUUCAUGUAUUUAUCCCUGCAAAUACACUCUUUCACUCUUUUUGAGUGAAACCAAAGGACUGAUGAAUAAGGACUCCAGGUGCACCACCAAGACAUUCCCAAGACAGGUGCCCUAGAAGAAGAAUGUUCUACCUUGGAUUUUGGUGUGUGAAAACUGGCUAAUUCCCUCUCAGGAGCAUGUCAGCCUUGUGUAGAGUGAAGGGUGCCACAUGUUUGGUGUCUGGAGUGUUUAGUGGAGGACACCUUUGUGCAGUAUAUGGUGGUGCUGUUCCCUGUUAGGACAAUUAAACUGAAAAAAGUUUGAUCCUUCUUCACAGCAAGUCUCAGUAGCAAAGUAUCAGCAUUAUGAGAGUCAUUCAGUUCCAUGGCCCAUACACAUAUUGUGUAUAUAAAGGAUGAAGUAAAUAUGAGAAUGUAACCUUAAGUUAGGUAGUAGUAAUACAGAUGUUAUAUUUUUAGUGCCUCUGGUGAUCCUUAAGAUACAUAGGUAAAGGUUGAACAUUAUUUUGAUUGUUGAAUUCUGCUUGUCUAACUAGUGUCAAGAAGACCGCACUAAAGGUACAAAAAAGGCUUACUGCCAACAGGUCACUUCAUCACUGAGAGGCAUCAUAUUUGUAUGAUAAUCGAGAUUGAAUUUUAUUAAAAACAUGUUUUCUA